GAUGGCUCUUGCUCACCAGAGCCUCACAAAGAUAAUCGCUCAGGAAGUGUUUCAGCCAAUCCCGGGCGGCUUUACACUCCGAUUUGCUGGGGCAGCCAAUCGGGGAUGAGCUUUUAUUAGGCGGCCAGAUCAUCAAGCCGAAGUGCCAAACCCUUUUUCUGUGUGAGAACUAGGAGCCUGUCCUCCAUGUUUUAUAAGUAUUGACAUUACACAGUGUUAACAAUGCAUCCACAGAGCUUGGCUGAAGAGGAAAUAAAAACAGAACAGGAGGUGGUAGAGGGCAUGGAUAUCUCUACUCGCUCCAAAGAUCCUGGCUCUACAGAGAGAGCAGCCCAGAAAAGAAAGUUUCCCAGUCCUCCACAUUCCUCCAACGGCCACUCGCCACAGGACACGUCAGCAAGCCCCAUUAAAAAGAAAAAGAAACCCGGCUUACUGAACAAUAACAAUAAGGAGCAGUCAGAACUAAGACAUGGUCCGUUUUACUAUAUGAAGCAGCCACUCACCACAGACCCUGUUGAUGUUGUACCACAGGAUGGACGGAAUGAUUUCUACUGCUGGGUUUGUCACCGGGAAGGCCAAGUCCUUUGCUGUGAGCUCUGUCCCCGGGUUUAUCACGCUAAGUGUCUGAGACUGACAUCGGAACCAGAGGGGGACUGGUUUUGUCCUGAAUGUGAGAAAAUUACAGUAGCGGAGUGCAUCGAGACUCAGAGUAAAGCCAUGACAAUGCUCACCAUUGAACAGCUAUCAUACCUGCUCAAGUUUGCCAUUCAGAAGAUGAAACAGCCAGGGACAGAUGCAUUCCAGAAGCCCGUUCCAUUGGAACAGCAUCCUGACUACGCCGAAUACAUCUUUCAUCCUAUGGACCUUUGUACAUUGGAAAAGAACGCUAAAAAGAGAAUGUACGGUUGCACAGAAGCCUUCCUGGCCGACGCCAAGUGGAUUCUGCACAACUGCAUCAUUUAUAACGGGGGAAAUCACAAAUUGACGCAAAUAGCAAAAGUCGUCAUCAAAAUCUGUGAACAUGAGAUGAAUGAAAUUGAAGUGUGUCCAGAAUGUUAUCUUGCUGCUUGCCAAAAACGAGAUAACUGGUUUUGUGAGCCUUGUAGCAAUCCGCAUCCUUUGGUCUGGGCAAAACUGAAGGGCUUUCCAUUCUGGCCUGCAAAAGCUCUGAGGGAUAAAGAUGGGCAGGUUGAUGCUCGUUUCUUUGGACAACAUGACAGGGCUUGGGUUCCAAUAAAUAAUUGCUACCUCAUGUCCAAAGAAAUUCCUUUUUCUGUGAAAAAGACUAAAAGCAUCUUUAACAGUGCAAUGCAAGAGAUGGAGGUUUAUGUGGAGAACAUCCGCAGGAAGUUUGGAGUUUUUAAUUAUUCUCCGUUCCGGACACCCUACACGCCCAACAGUCAGUACCAAAUGCUGCUUGAUCCCACCAACCCCAGUGCUGGCACCGCCAAGAUUGACAAGCAGGAAAAGGUCAAGCUCAACUUUGACAUGACAGCAUCUCCCAAGAUCCUGAUGAACAAGCCUAUGCUGAGUGGGGCCACGGGCCGCAGGAUUUCCUUGUCGGACAUGCCACGCUCUCCUAUGAGUACGAACUCUUCCGUGCAUACGGGCUCCGACGUGGAGCAGGAUGCAGAGAAGAAGGCGACUUCGAGCCAUUUCAGUGCCAGCGAGGAGUCCAUGGACUUCCUUGAUAAGAGCACAGCUUCACCAGCCUCGACCAAGACGGGCCAAGCCGGGAGUUUAUCUGGUAGCCCGAAACCUUUCUCUCCCCAAGCCUCAACGCCGGUCAUGCCCAAAGCAGACAAAACCUGCACCACUGGGAGCAUCCUGAACCUUAACCUUGACCGCAGCAAAGCCGAGAUGGAUUUGAAGGAGCUGAGCGAGUCGGUCCAGCAGCAGUCCACCCCCGUCCCACUCAUCUCCCCCAAGCGGCAGAUCCGCAGCAGGUUCCAGCUCAACCUCGACAAGACCAUAGAGAGCUGCAAAGCACAAUUAGGCAUCAAUGAAAUCUCAGAAGACGUUUAUACAGCCGUAGAGCGCAGCGAUUCGGAGGAUUCCGAGAAGUCAGAUAGUAGUGAUAGUGAGUAUAUCAGUGACGAUGAACAGAAACCCAAGGACGAGCCGGAAGAUACCGAAGACAAAGAGGGUGGUCGGAUGGACAAAGAGCCAUCUGCUGUCAAAAAAAAGCCCAAACCGACGAACCCAGUGGAGAUGAAGGAGGAGCUGAAAAGCGCUUCGCCCGCCAGCGACAAGGCGGACCUGGGGGCAGUCAAGGAAAAGACGAGCCCGGAGCCCGAGAAGGAUUUUCCAGAGAAAGCAAAACCUUCACCUCAUCCCACCAAGGACAAACUGAAGGGGAAAGAUGAGACGGAUUCCCCGACAGUGCAUUUGGGCCUGGACUCCGAUUCAGAGAGUGAACUUGUCAUAGAUUUAGGAGACGACCAUUCUGGGCGGGAGGGUCGAAAAAAUAAGAAGGAACUCAAAGAACCGUCUCCCAAGCAGGAUGUUGUAGGUAAAGCUCCACCAUCCACCACGGCGGCUGGCAGCCAGUCUCCCCCAGAGACGCCGGUCCUCACCCGCUCUUCCUCCCAAACCCCUACGGCUGGUGUCACGGCCACCACCAGCACGGCGUCCACAGUCACGGCCCCGGCCACCGCCGCCACGGGAAGCCCGGUGAAAAAGCAGAGGCCGCUCUUACCGAAGGAGACUGCCCCAGCCGUGCAGCGGGUCGUGUGGAACUCCUCAAGUAAGUUUCAAACGUCCUCCCAAAAGUGGCACAUGCAGAAGAUGCAGCGCCAGCAGCAGCAGCAGCAGCAGCCAAACCAGCAGCAGCAGCCUCAGUCUUCCCAGGGGACGAGAUAUCAGACCAGACAGGCUGUGAAAGCCGUUCAGCAGAAGGAGAUCACACAGAGUCCAUCCACGUCCACCAUCACCCUGGUGACCAGCACACAGUCGUCAUCCUUGGUCACCAGCUCGGGGUCCACAAGCACCCUUGCAUCUUCAGUCAAUGCUGACCUGCCUAUUGCCACUGCCUCAGCUGAUGUUGCCGCAGAUAUCGCCAAGUACACUAGCAAAAUGAUGGAUGCAAUAAAAGGAACAAUGACAGAAAUAUAUAACGAUCUUUCAAAAAACACUACUGGAAGCACAAUAGCCGAGAUCCGAAGGCUGAGGAUUGAGAUAGAAAAGCUCCAGUGGCUGCAUCAGCAGGAACUCUCCGAAAUGAAGCAUAACCUAGAGCUGACCAUGGCGGAGAUGAGGCAGAGCCUGGAGCAGGAGCGCGACCGGCUCAUCGCCGAGGUGAAGAAGCAGCUUGAGCUGGAGAAGCAGCAGGCGGUGGACGAGACCAAGAAGAAGCAGUGGUGCGCCAACUGCAAGAAGGAAGCCAUCUUCUACUGCUGCUGGAACACCAGCUACUGUGACUACCCCUGCCAGCAGGCCCACUGGCCCGAGCACAUGAAGUCCUGCACUCAGUCAGCUACUGCCCCUCAGCAGGAAGCAGAUGCCGAGGUGAACCCGGAAACACUAAAUAAGUCAUCCCAGGGUAGCUCCUCCAGUACCCAGUCAGCCCCUCCGGAAACAGCCAGCGCCUCAAAAGAGAAGGAGACGUCAGCUGAGAAGAGCAAGGACAGUGGCUCCACCCUCGACCUUUCUGGCUCCAGGGAGACGCCCUCCUCCAUUCUCUUAGGCUCCAACCAAGGAUCUGUUAGCAACAGGUGUGACAAGCAGCCUGCCUAUACCCCAACCAUCACAGACCACCAGCCGCACCCCAACUACCCAGCCCAGAAGUACCAUUCCCGGAGUAGCAAGGCCAGUUGCUGGGGCAGCAGCGAGGAGAAGCGGGGGUCGGCACGUUCCGAGCACAGUGCCAGCGGCAGCACGAAGAGUCUCAUCCCAAAAGAGUCUCGACUGGACACCUUCUGGGACUAG